AUGUUUUCGCCUAUUUAUUCUGCAGGCGGGGUCUAUGUGCCGCAUCCGAUGUUUAUGCCUCUUCAAGGAGGCGCCGGCACCUCAAGAGGGUUACCGUUUUUUCCACCGAUUGGCCCGCAUGCAUUCCCGUAUGCACCAUAUUUGCAGCCCGGGCAAGUACCACGCAUGAUGAACAAUUUGUCCGGGAACGCUCAGCAGUUGAGCGGUGAGGGUCCACCUCAGUUGCGAAAGCUGUUUAUUGGCGGCUUGAGUCAUGAGACUACUGAUGAACAGGCUAGUUUUCGUGCAUGUUUUCCAUAUGCAGUUGCUCUCGAUGAAAUGUUCAAGUUGAAAUUAAAUAUAUUAUACUUGAGGCAGUUCUAUGCACAGUGGGGAACUGUAGUGGAUUGUAUUGUGAUACGAGAUCCGCAAACGAAAUAUUCACGCGGUUUCGGUUUUGUCACGUUCGCCACAAUGCAAAUGGCUGAAGCAGCGAUGUCCGAUCGACCACACACAAUCAACAAUAAAGUGGUUGAUCCAAAACGUGCGAUUCCUCGUGAACAGAUGUCACCCUUGUUACCCAAUCAUCCACCACCAUUUCUUGAAGGUGAACCGGACCCUGGCUGUAAACUAUCUUUAUCAGGAAUUCAUUGGGAUUUUCAUACAGUUGAUGAAUUACGACAUUAUUUUGAUACUUUUGGAGUGGUUGAACAAGUUGAGAUAUUGGGUAAUCCUCGUGGAUUUGGUUUUGUUGUCUUCGAAGAGAAGACCGCAGCAGAUCGAUGUGUAGCGCAUGGGAAGACCCAUAUAAUCAAUGGAAGGAAAUGCGAAGUUACGGUAUGUUUUAGUCAGUACAAAACGAGCUGA